AUGCGGAGAUGCCUCCUGGCCCUGGCCUGUCUGAGCUCAUUGGCCAUCUUCCUUUCGUGCUUACGGCAGCCGCCGCACGAUUGGCGGCCCACCGCUGUUAAUGUCACUGUGCCAAGAGCCAGUUCCGACUUCUUUGUCAGCAAGGUCACACAUUCAAGCAGCGUGCGAUUCCUGUUCUUGGCGGGUUUGGAAGGAACUCGCCAUCAUGGCUGGUCAGAGGUUUUCCGGCGGUGCAGCGAAUCCCACGGGCCGUGCAAGUUUCCAGGCAGGCUCCUGGAGCUGCAGCGGUCUCUGUACACCAAGAAUGCGAGCGGACUCUUCAAUCCUGGCAACUGGACUCCGGCCAGCUAUGCAGAGAGCGCACGCAACGUCUCGCUUGCGAUGGCGGCGCUGAAGCAGUCCUCUGAGGCUCUGUAUCUCCUCAACGGUGCGCAGGAAGUGGAGACACUCACUGGCAUGAUGUCUUAUCCCAACUUUCGAGUCGGUCUUUUCCCGCUCCAUCGGCCCGACCUCCGCAUGCUGGCGGAGCUGGCCGAGCAGGUCGCAGCAGAUCUUCGCAUCCUCGUGCUGAGACGGGGGAUUGUGGACAUGAUUGUUUCCACGGUCUUCCGCAGGAACUUCUCGACACUUGAGGAGCAGGUGGCUAGCCUCACAGAUAACGCGCUGGCAUUGUUUGGCCAGCUGACGCUGCUUGAUCGGCGUUUCGUUUAUUGUGUCCCCACAGGCCCCAUCGACGCAGCUGGCGCGGCACGGCUGGGCGACUUUCUGCAUCCGCGGCUCAGCGGCCGCGGCAGUGGCUUUGAGCUUUGGCAGCAAGCCCUGGCGGUCCUCGCCACACAGGCCCCUUCCACCAACGAGCUUGGCAAGUUGGCGAUGCUAAAGCAGCUGUUCGCUGCCACUAGUCUCAUCGAUGACUACUGCGAUCGACAAGCCGCUUAG